UGUCAGAUGGAUGGAAAUGGAAAAAAACAAUGUGAGUGAUAAGUGAAAAUAUGGCAAAAUCUAAAAGUUAAGUUUUAUUAAAGUAAAGUUUAGGUAUAUUUUUUAUCGACUAAGUUCCCUAAGUUUUAUAAUAUAUAAAAUAAUGACCCACGUCGAAAAACGCCAAAGUCGCCCAGGCAAAGAGGCAAUUCAUUCUGGACAUUUUAUGGUAUCGCAAUUCGAAGCUGAAGAUCAGGACGAUUUUGAUGACCUAGCUAUUCCUGUACCUGAUGAAGAACAAAACGCCCCUAAAGAAUCUGCAGUAGCCACCUACACAUUGCCUACGACCUCUGAGAUAUUUCAACAUUCAGAUAAAGAAGAUAGUAAACAACAUCAACAACUUUCUAUUGAAAUAUCACUUACAAAAUUAUUUAAAUGUAUGACUUUAGCAUAUCGACAAAAACUAACCUCACCAAAAUGGAAUCGUUUCAAAGGUAUAAAACUCCGGUGGAAGGACAAAAUAAGAUUAAACAACGUCAUAUGGAGAUGCUGGCACAUGCAAUUUAUAAAGAAACAAAACACUUUAGUCUGCCAGUUCGCAUCCCCAUUGGAUGUUGACACGCAUGUGAAACCAGAGACAACAAUAUUAGAAGGCAAAUAUUGGAAAAGAAGAGCCGAAGCUGUGAUAGCGGAAUAUAAAAAAUGGCGCAUGUUUCAUAUUAUGAGGCUCUUCGGCAAGGGGGACACCUCUGUCCAGGAUUCGAUGUCAAAACUAUGCGGUUUUCAGAUGUCGGACAUGGACACCGUCGAGUCUCAGUGCAGCGACUUUGCUGCCAACAUGCUCACCGAUGAGGACUACCUGACCUUCAUGAGUGACACACUCUUUUCAACCAUCACAAAUCAUCAACCUUUCGCAUUUCCAGAUUGCAGGGAAAUCGCCAGAGGUGCAAGCUUAGCUGAUUUCAUUCAACCAAGCUUAGGUCCUCUGCAACCAAAUCUCGAUGAUUUGAUGGAUACUCUUGAACCGUUCCAAGACCUUCUUUCAAGUUCUCGCUUGCCGCCUGUACCGGAAGAGACGACAAUUUCUUCUGAAGAUCCCUUAUACAGGAGUGGAAUGUCAGUAGAUUCUUAUAAUCCACAGAACUAUAUUGCUGACAAUCAAAAUACUACAGUCGCAAUGCCUACCAGUCAGAUGACUAUUCAUGGUACUAACAGUAACACCCAAAUGAUAUCGAUGUCGGAGCCAGUAAAAAAUGAUCAAUUACGUGUGUACAAUGGACGUCUGUUCGCGACAUCAGACUUGUCUAAUAAUAUUCUGGGUACGCAGGAAAUGUUGCCGUCGUUUCCUCAGAAUACUUACGAACAGCAAAAUGCAACGCAUCCAGAACAAAUGCAUGGUAACGUCUACGCGAGCAAGUCGCCUCGAGUACAGUUUGUAAAUACGCAAACCAAAAUUCUUCCUCAACAAGAUACAUGCUACCCUAAAUACAAUUCCGCUUUACCGCCAUCACAGACCGCGCCAGAAACUGUAUCAUUGCUUCAGCAGCCGGUACAGAAUUCUAAAUAUGCUUCUACUUUAGUAAUACAAGGAAGGAGUGGAUAUGGUCGAGAGAAACCACGGUCUAGGCUAAGUCAUUACUCGGGUCAGGUGACGAACAACCACUACCAGGGUUACUCGCAACCUCUGCAAAACCCAGUGCACGUGGCACCGCAGAGCUAUGACGUGCGGCCGUCCGUACGACACUCCCCUCCUCAAAUGCAGUACCUGCAACCGAACCCGGUAGACUUCAAGGCGAAAUCUUCACCGAACAGCGUCAACACGCGAUCAUUCAAAUUACCUUCGCCACCUCUAGUGCCGGUAACGUCGCAACAGGUGCAGGUUGCGGUGGGUGUCAACGUGGUGAGCGGCCUGAGUGCGGCUAGUGCGAAGAGUGUCCGUAACAAGGAGCAGUACCGUUCGCACAGCUUGCCGCUGGGAGCACAGCUCAGCGCAGACUGGGUGGUUAGCGCGCCCGCAAACACGCAUACGCCCUCACACACGCAUACGCACGCCCACGCCCAUGCGCACUCGCUCGACGCCUCCAGCACGCACGCCUCGCGAGCGCGCGAGGUGACUCCCGGAGCCAUUCGCAUCCGGUCGAGGUCAUCGUCCAGUGGUGUGUCUGCGGAGGGCGCGAGUGGCGGUGUUGGCGGUGGCGGGGGUGGUGCCACGCGCCGCCCACCGCCGCUCACGAGUGUAGCCUCCGAGCCCACGCUUCCGCAAGCCAGCGUCAUGCUCGCGCAACUUCUCUCAGCCCAACACUCUCAAAGCUUGUAUAAAUUGAAUAACAGCGUAGAGGAGAGUGUGGGCGUUAGUGAUCCCACAAAGUCCCCCAUCCUUAGAGGACAGCCCUCGCCCAUUGGGAGUGAUAUCAUAUCACCUCACCAUUCGCGUGCGCAGUCGCUGUCUCCACCGGGUUCGCCGAGCUCGGAGCGCGCGGGGUCGCCGCGGGAGUCGCGCGAGGCGCGUCGCACGCAUCUUCACGCUGAACAGAAGCGUCGAUACAACAUCAAGAAUGGUUUCGACACGUUGCAGGCGCUCAUACCACACCUCAACACCAAUCCUGCCGCUAAGAUUAGUAAAGCUGCCAUGCUACAAAAAGGGGCCGAGUAUAUCAAGCAGUUGAAGGCAGAGAGGAAUCAAAUAAAAGAAGAAAUGGAAAGUUUACGACAGCAGAUCGAAUGCUUAAAUAAUUCCAUUUCCAACUGCCACUCGCUGCUGCCGGCGACGGGCGCGCCCGUGUCGCGCGGGCGCGCGGGCCGCCUGCGCGAGAUGUUCGCCGCGCACGUGGCCGCGCGCACCGCGCACAACUGGAAGUACUGGCUCUUCAGCGUGGUGAGCGCGGCGCUGGUGGAGUCCUUCAGUGCGUGCGUGUCGUGCAGCAGCGCCGCCGACCUCGUGCGCACCACGCUGCUGUGGGCCGAGCAGCACUGCUCGCUCGUCGAGAUGCGCCCCGCGGUUUUGAACUCGUUACGAGUCCUCUGUACGACGACCGACAUUCUGACGAGUCCAGAGCGACUCGCGGACGAGGCGCGCGCCGCCGCCGCCGCCGCCGGCGUCAAGCGCGAGCCCACGUAGCGAACACCGCCGACAGCGCCGACACCGCCGACACCGCCCACACCGCCCACACCGCCCACACCGCCCACACCGCCCGACACACCAGCCAUCUACCGACCUACCGCCCGCCCGACCAGCAGUGAGAAUUACACCUGAUGCGAAUGAAUUCGAUUUAUUUCGCUACUUUCACCGCAAUCGUUAUAUUUCAUUAUUCGAAAAUUUGUUAAAUAUUCUUAUGAUUUGCUCGUAAAGAUGUCUGAAAGUUGAAACUUAUGUAUCAGCGUAAUUCUCGCCGAAAUGGUCAUAGUGUAAGUUUAUUUGCAGCUCGUUAGGUAUUAAUUAUGAAUUGAAUCGAACUUUGCUUCGUGUUCGUGUAAAUUUGUCUCGACGAAUGUAUUCGAUCUACUUUAAUUUUAGUAACAGCGCUGAAUGAAGGCGGCGUGGAUCGGCUCUGAGUAAAUGUCCUAAAAUUUACCGAGAAAUGUUGAAUUGAUUAACUAAAUGAUUGAUUAACUUUAUAUUUAUUUUAUAUAUUUGUUACAAUAAAAUUAAUUAUUGUAAAAUAUAUGUGAAAUUAAAUUAUAACAACUAAAUUAAUUGAUUAUUCGAGACAUGCUAGAGAACAUGAGGUGCGAUCGCGAUUAAAAACCUGCUUUGUACCUAAAAUAAUUAAUACUCAACAAAGGCGUUAAUAAAAUGGCGGUGUUUCCGGCCAUAUAUGAAUAUGUGCAAUUGUUUUGGUGUUCACGUAUUGAUCUUAUGAUCGAAGCGCACAAUUUUGUUAAUUUUGACGGGUAACGGUCGAGCUUAAACAAUUCCGUAGUAAAAUUAAAGUCUUAUGAUUAUCUGACAUUGUAUCAAUAUAAUAUACAAUUAUUAAAAUAUAGUUAAUUAUUUUAGCUCAAUAAUUUACAAAAAUCAACGAAUCUUAAAUAAUUAUGUAUCUUUAAUCCAAUUAUAAUAUAACAGAGUGAAUGUAAAUACAUACGAAUAUUAAUAAUAAUGAAAACGAAUCAGUGGCUUGCUAUCGUGCCUUCUCUAUUAAUAUUUGACGAUGUAACGUUUAAGCCGCUGUAGUCGCUACCAAAGAUUGCAAUGUCCAAUCUUACGAGCACCGCGCGGGACUCGGCGUCCCGAGUGUACGGCGGUCGCGUCAGCCGACCCGUCCCGUUGCAAGUGAAUACCAAUAUAGUCAUUAAGCGAAAAAAGAGAAUUUAUUAAAUAUGUCGAGAUUUAAUUUAGAAUUACUGUAAGUAUAUUUACGCGAGUAAGGUACUUUAAGUAAGUAAAUAUUUUUAUAUGGUUUGUGUCGUGACACAAAUAUUUUUAUAUAAACUGUAUAAAUCGGUGCCAACGUAAAUAUUGUUGUAAUUUGUUAUAUAGUAAUAUAAUUGUCUAAUGUAUCGUUGACUCUGGUAGCACGUUGUAUUUGGAGGCGCUUUCGCCCUCGAGUGAGCUUUAAUGAGUUAUUUGCAAUUGUUGUUCUUAUGGAAAUACAGUUU